AUGUCCAGUGAUAUACUAGGAGUGGUAUUCGAUGCUGGUUCACAGACUUUCAAGGCAGGCUUCUCAGGGGAACCUUCUCCAAGGGCAAUGGUGCCCAAUGUAGUAGGCAGGUUUAGGCGUGAAGGUCUCGUGGACGGUAUACCACUUGUGUAUUGUGGCGCCGAGGCUAUUAAGAAUCGAGGUAUAUCCAAUUUGGUGUACCCGGUUAAGGAAGGGUUAGUUGAGGACUGGGAUGAGAUGGAAAAGCUGUGGCAUCACGUCUUUUACAAGGGACUGCACGUACCUCCAGAGUCUUCGAAGGUCAUGCAUUCUGUAAACCCGCUUACAUCAAAAAAUGAUUACGGAAGGAUGGCUGAAAUAUUGUUUGAAAUCUUCGCCAUUGAUUCCCUCUACAUUGCACAGUCACCGGCUCUAGUGCUGAACGCAUAUGGAAAGACGUCGGGCGUUGUGUGGGAGUGCGGCCACUCCUGCUCUUACGUCGCGCCAGUGUUUGAAGGUUUCCCAUUGAAGCACGCUACCUUCACUUCGCCGAUGACUGGUAACAUGUUAACUAAAAGACUGCAGGGUCUCAUGUUCAAAUCUGGAUAUUCGCUUACAACUCCUUUUGAGAUAGAUCUGCUCGAAAAAUUUAAGAAAGAAAAAUGUCACGUAUCCGAGAACUGCGAUAAGGAGCUGGCAGAAUCAUCAGGAUAUGAUAGCAAAAUUAGGUGUGACUUACCGGACGGCCAGCACAUACUAUUGGGAGAGGAACGGUUUCUCUGUCCAGAGGUUUUAUUUAAGCCGGAACUUGAGCAACUUAAGUGCAAAAAUAUCGUGGAGCUCAUCUGCCACAGUAUCGAUACAUGUGAUCUUGAUUAUAGGGCCAUGUUCUACAAAAACAUCGUGUGCUCUGGCGGUACUUCUAUGACACCAGGUCUAGUAGCCCGUCUCAAGAAGGAGCUGACGCAAUAUCUGAAGAAGUCUUCGCGUGACGUCAGGGCGAAUGUGGAAGCGAUACCAGUGAGGCAGUUUGCAACCUGGGUUGGCGGGUCCAUGCUAGCCUCCUUACCAAACUUGAAAGGAUUCUGGAUGACCAAAGAACACUAUGGUGACUCAGGAUCUGACCUAGCUAAAUCUAACUUCUUUUAA